AUGGAUAGCUCGGUUUCCACCACAUUCUGGCAGCUCGAUCUAGCACCUCCUGAAAAUAGUACCAAACAUGCCGAAGAGCACCCCGACUAUCAGUACACUCCGCGCAAACCAUCCGAGAAAAAACGUCGUGGCUCGUCUCGUCCCGAAUCCAAGCCCACCAAGCGGUCUCACACCCCUGCUGCGACAAGCACUGAAUCCGAAGUCGGCAGCUCUAUCCCUGAUACCAGUCUUUCCACAAUCAGUGCUGACGCCGAGACCCCGAACCACAAUCUCGCGGACCUCGAAAGUGUCGUUGGUUCCGACGAGCCAGCCAUGAUUGGCGGCCCCUACCGCUUCAGCGCCGCUGAGCUCGACAAUCUCAUUGCGGAGGUGGAGAGCGAAAACCAGCGCGCCAUGAUCUUUGCCUCGGCGAACUUCGGCAUGAACGAGAGACUCGCUGGCGAGCCUUUCGAACUGUCGGACUUCCUGGCGGACAUCUACUGA